GCCUGCCGCCCGCCCCGGGGCCGGGGGAGCUAGCUGGCCGGAGCUGCAUCAUGCCUGCUGGACCGGACUGGCUGAAACUAGGCGCGACGUUCAAGCACCGAUAAUAAAAUAGUUAGGAAAAAAAUUCUUCUCCAGAUAUGUGCUUCAUUGAAAGAUGACCUCAUAAUGGAAAGUUCUGUACCAUCAACAUCCAAGGCCAAGCCAACAAACUCUAAGUCUAACAGAGAGAAGGGAAAUGCUAAGGAAGAGAAACAAAAAGAUGAAGGAAGCCAGAGCAGUCUAAGAGACUUUGUCAUUCCAACUAAAUCUGAUAAAAAGAAAAGAAAAGAAAAAGAGAAGAAAAUGUCUGUCACAAAGUCUGGAACGAAGGAGAAGCAUGUAAAGAAAAAGAAGAAAAAAGAUAAAGAUAAGAAAUUGCUUAAAAAUGGAACGGAAAAUUUCACUAAAAUCAAAGAGAUUGAUUCCAAGAAGAAAGGAAAAGAAAAGGCUGGCAAGAGUAGCAUCAUCAACUCAGAUAUUGACUGUACUUAUAUAAAGAAAAAGAAAGGGAAAAGUGAAGGAAGUCAAAGCAAUAAUGUGACAAACUACGUUCUUGAACAACAUAAUGCUUCCAAUAAAGAGGAAGGGAUAGACAAAGCCGGCACAAGCACUGUAUCACGCAAUGAGAAUGCACAGAAUGGCCCCCAGAAAGAUAAACGAAAAGGGAAAGAAAGCAAGAGCACUGCAACAAACUCUGAAAGUGAACUGAAUGAUCAAAAGAAAACGAGAGGAAAAGAUAGCAAAGAAAGCGGCAGAAGUGCAACAGACUCAAGGGAACAUCAGAUAAUCCCAAAGAAAAGGAAAGGAAACUCAGAGGCCAAGCCAGGAAGUUCUAAGAAAAGGAAAAAGGAUGGUUCUCCUCAGCAGAGCCAUGAGGAAAGAGGAAGUUCAGAAGAUGCAUUCCUGCUUCAGCACCCCCACCUUGCAAAUCAUAUCAAAGGUCAACUUUACUGUGAAGGUGUAGAUGCCACAAGUUUUACGGCAAUGUCAAACAUGGUAAAAGAGUGCGUUCUCCAAGAGAAAUGGGAGGAUGCUAACAGGAUCCUAUGCACUAUGUGUUUGUAUCAAACACCCAAUGUGGAGUGCCUUUGGAAGUUUGGAGCUCACAUACUUCAAAAUCACCCCAGUGGCAAUGCUGAGCUAGUAGAAGAUCUUUAUAGAUUUGUGCGGAAGAUAAAUAUGACCAAUCCAUACCAGAAGAAGCUGGAGCACGCCCUCUUCCUCCUCCGUGAGAACAGGAUGAAGGAUGCCUUCACUACCUUGACGGAGAUGUGGGGUGUGUCCGGGCGCUGGGUGGAGCAACAGAGUAAUCAACCAGAGAUCAGGAAGAAGAUGAACUCUGCCUAUACUGGGUUGAUGGGGUACUGUCAAUGGCUUGAAAAAAGAAAGAAUGGAGGUGAUGAUGACAGGGGAGAAAUAGUUAUCAAAGAAGCAACACUCAGAAAGAGGGCCCUUAACAAUCUUGGCAAAUUCAACGAUGAUCCAGGAGUAUGGGACAUUUUCAUUACAAAGCAAGUUGAGAUGUUGGAGGCAAAAGAAAACAAUGUCGGCAAGGCAGAGGAACUGCUCAACAACUAUCUCAGCCAGAACCCAGGAAACCCUAAUGCUCAUGUCUAUCUCUAUCAGUUCUUGAAGAGGCAUAACAAAACAAAAAAACUCAAACCAGUACUGAAGAAGUUAGCCACCAUCUUGCCUGCAGAAGACUACACUCUUGAGUACGUAAACCUGCUGCUAGAACAGAAGAAAGGAUCUGCAGACUCAGCAGAGGUACUUCCCAUGCUCUUCAAGAUGGCUGACUACAGUACCUGCCGUUACAACACUGCACUGUGGGAGACACUGGUAGAACAUGUCAUUGCGGUAGUAGAAAGCAGAAGUAAGCAAGCCAAGGCACUCCUUAAGGAAUGCUGGUCUCGUCGUAAGUCUUGGUGGACCCGUUAUCACUUUGAUAAGCAUGGGGCAUCAGAGUCGGUGAAGAAGAACCCUGAUGUAGCACAGCGGAAGGCAAUCCUAGCAUCCAUCUUCUUUGGAUCUAGUUACUCAUUUGUGCAGAAGGUUCAGGAAGCGAUACAGAAGAUUAAACCAGAGUUGUCCGAAGAACUGGAGAAUGAGAUUUCAUUGUGGUGCCAUCCAGCUCUAUGAUGUGCAGACUAUGUUCCUCUGACCACUCUCAAGUUGCUGAAAUGUGUGAACUUUGACAUUUGACAUUGAACUUUGACGCAGGGAAAGAGAGAUAGCUUUGUCAUGCAAUUUAGCUGCAUAAUGCAGCGACUAGACUUCAACACCUCUAAAUGGUACAGCCAUGUGACCUUGGGACAUGCUGAUAGAUAUGCAAUGGAUUGUAUCCAAUGAACUUGAAAAUGAGAUGGCUGUGUUGUGCAAAAUCGAUACCUCUAUACAGCUUAAAUGGUCUGAUAUACACCAAAGGCCACAUGGUGUAUUUAUUGUCAAUAGAAUCAACUGAUGUACUAUAUUUUUAUUAUUUGUGUCAUGAGAAGAAACUUUUUGUGUAAAACGCCGUUGUUUAUGUGAGUUAUGUAGUGAUGUGGCAUAUGGGGAUGAAGCAUUGGAAACAAGUCUUUUCUAGAGGGGUUGUAUAAUCAAUUUUUCCUUCUU